AUGAGCCGGUCAUGCACGAGCUACUGGGCGAUACGAGCCAGGGGUGGCGGCGUUGCUGCGGGUACCGUGUACCGCUGCCAUCGCCAGAACGACCCAAGCCAGGUCUUCGCUGUCAAGGCUGUGCCCAUCUAUGAGGACGACGCGGAGGGCCGAGCGGAGGCACUCGAACGAGAGACGCGAGCUUUGCUGCAGGGCCAAGGCCACGAGGGCAUCGCGGCUUGUGUCGGAUGUUUUGAUGUGAGCACAGUGGUGAUGCACCAGUUCCCCACGCAGGGCAGGACGAUCCUCACCUAUAAGAUGAUUGUCAUGGAGAUCGUGACGGGCGGGGAGCUUGCGGGUCUCAUCAGCGCGCAGGGUUGCUUAGACGAGGCGACAGCACGCGGUGUGUUUGCGAGGGUGGUGUCGGCCGUGAAGUUUCUGCACGCCCACCAGGUGCUGCACCGUGACUUGAAGUGUGAGAACAUCUUGGUUUGCGCGGGGGGCUUGGGACCAGGCACGCAGGUGAAGCUAGUUGACUUCGGUGUGGCCAAGGAUGUGGCCGGCUCCUUUGCGCAAACCUGCGUGGGCACGGCCGAGAUCAUGGCACCCGAGCUCGUGUGCGCAGACCUGCUGUUGGCCCCUGGCGGUUCACCGCUACCUGCUGUUGGGCCGUUUGCGUUCGCUUCGCCGCUGGAGCAGUCGCCGGGGUUCGGCCUGCGUACGCAGAGAACUAACGGCACAGGUGCGCUCAUCGAUGGCCUCGAGCCUGGCGGCCAGGCAGAGCAGCGGGGAGUGGGAGAUGGCUGGGCAUUGGCAGGCAUCAACGGGGUCGAUGUGCGGCAGAUGCUCUUCGCCAAGAACCCUCAGAAGCCGCAGGAGCCGGCCAUCACCGAGCUCCUCAUGGGCCUUGACGGGCCCUUCUCGCUGGAGCUCACCGAAGUCCCGAAGCGCGAGUUCACCGAGGCGAUCGAUUGUUGGAGCCUUGGCGUGGUUCUGUACACGAUGCUGUCGGGCAAGAAGCCCUUUUCCACACAGCAGGCCACCGCCGCAGGUGCGUACCCCCAGCUCGAGCAGGCGUCCGAGGGCGCCAGGGACCUCGUCGCUGGCUUGCUGCGGCUCGAUCCUGCCUCUCGUCUCACGCUGGAGCAGGCGGAAACCCACCCGUGGCUGUGCUGA